GGUGUGUUGGAAAUCUCUGAUUUGGAUUAUGACGUAGUUUACGAGCUAGUGUACUACAUCUACUGUGGUCGGUGUCAGAAGGAUAUCGGUGAUAUUGCAACAGAUUUGCUCAUCGCUGCUGAUAAGUAUCGAUUAGUGGAACUGAAGGGUGUGUUGGAAAUCUCUGAUUUGGAUUAUGACGUAGUUUACGAGCUAGUGUACUACAUCUACUGUGGUCGGUGUCAGAAGGAUAUCGGUGAUAUUGCGACAGAUUUGCUCAUCGCUGCUGAUAAGUAUCGAUUAGUGGAACUGAAGAACCACUGCGAGAAAUUUCUUGUGGAGAACUUGGCGAAUGAGAAUGUGUGUCAGUUGUUGAUAAUAGGCGAUUUGUACAAUGCGGAACGAUUGCAGGAACGGGCGGUGCAGUUCAUUCUGCAACGCCCAAAGUACAUCACAUCAACACCAGGCUGGGAUGACAUACUGAAGCAACAUCCACAUCUAGUCACUCGAAUUGUUAAUCACUUCGAUAAGGUUGGUGUUGAUUGCUUUUGUAAAUGA